GCCAUCGAGCAGGAAGAGAAGAUAGUUUUAGAACCUGUCUCGCCCUCGUCGUCAUCUUCGUCUUCAUCACCUGUGCCAGCCAUCAAAUUAAAAAGAAAGUGCCCGUCGGGAUGGACUUUAAGUAACAACGGGACUAACUCAGAUAGCCACCGAAUCUGAAGGGAGUGCCUAAGGGGUGAUUGUCCGUGAGCCGGAAAAACCAGCUUGACUGGUUUCUCGCUAGGUGGCCUCGCCGGUUGAUAUGGAAGGGAGCGCUUUGACAGCAUCUGGAAGGAAGUGGGGAAGGGGAUUAGAGGGGAGAGCCUGUAAAACACGUUUCUAUAUUUGUACCGAAAUCGAUAUCGGCGUGAGGCGAAGGGGGAGGAGAAUGCGUGCACCGUCGCCGUAACGUUCAUCUCCCAACCACCAGCAGGUGGGAGAUAGGGACCAGAGAAAUUCGAUGUCUCUUUGUCGAAGUGGAUGGUAGGUAGUUUAAUCGCCUUGUUGUGGAUCUUCUGCCCCAGUGGUUGUGUAACUAGUUGUAAGCAGUUUCAAUCAAGAAACUAAAUGUGAUCUCGUUGUGUUAUCCAAAGUUAUUUUAUGCCCUGUCCUGUACUUGGCUGCUGUUAUCAGGUGUGAUUAGGUGAUUAGCAUUUUAAGAGAUAAGGGAUACUAUAUCUGCCCAAUCUUCUGUCUUAUCUCAAAGUUCUCACUCACUUCACCGAGGCUUUUCCCAGUUCACAUUGCAUAUACUAUUGCCUCAUAUUAUAUUAUCAAACACUUUACAACCACUAUUGCAAACAUGCACAAUCUGCAUCCCCACUAGCAGGGCAUCAGCGUACAAAAAAAUGUCUCACACAACAAGAACAUACAUUGACUUUUGUGUGUACACGUCAGGAGUUUGCUCAACUGUCCCUUUGUAACUAUAUUGAAUAUCAUCUGACUUGAAUUGCUGUUAUCCAGCACUAUCCAAACUACGUCGUGGUGGUCGCUUCAAAUUAAAACUUAGAUCUUGGAUGGCCGAACCACUGGUGGUGAAGGAGGGAGACGCCAGCUUACGACUUGCCACCGAUUUGCCUCGUUUCAACUGGCUCGAGUUAAAAUUGAACCAAAAACAAGAUGGGACGAAUGGGGAAACCAACGUUUGUUCUUCCGCCAAUAACGACGGCCUUCCAAUCGUUCCGCUCAAGAUUCGCAUCCUGGAAAAGAGCUCAUACGCCGCAAGGCUUACCGAAGGCCUUUCUGUUGCUCCCUCUGUUACGAAGGAACUAGACCAGUCAGUAGCUCAACACCUAAAAUCCGACGAAGCCUCGGUACCAACAUGCACCUCAAGGUGGCCGCUCAAGAAGAGGCUCAUUCGUCAGCUCAGUCCAGUCACCAGUCCGAGGACAAGCCCAGUUGCAAGUCCAAUUACGAGUCCCGUUGCCAGCCCAGUUGUUAACAAAGUCAUUAGCCAGUUGGAUGUAAUAAAGCCAAUUUUAACCCAAACACUCGUCUGCAACGCCACACAAAUAACACAAGAAAGACUGCAGACGGAAUUACGACAAAGUCCACCCGCUCAAAGAGGACCAGUGAUCAUGAGGAAUGUUUUACCUCCCACCCCACCGGCAUCCUCUGCACCUCCCGAAUUAAUGCCAGUGGAUGCCAAUGACCAAGACAAACCGCUAGAUUUGUCACGGCGUUGUGCAUUUGAACCUGCAGCCACUCGGCUCGAAGAUAAAGCUGAAAUCGAAAUCAUCGCGAUGACAACACGGAUAAACAGCAAAGCAGUUCCUCAACCAGUUGAUUUUCAACCGUCACGACAACGACUUUCUCGCAACCCGGCUGAAAUCCAUCGAAUUCAACGGACUGAAAAAGACCUUGUCGCCAAACCGAUGCGAGAACAUACUGUCCAAAGGAAUCCGCCAAUUCGGGCACCUGAAUCCUUGUUUCCCGACUGGAGCAGAAAUGGUACCAGUGGAUUUCGACCUUACAGAGAACAGCGACCGCCUGUGGCUGUGGCAUCGACGCUCGUGAACACAAUAACUCCAACGGCCAGACCAUUUUUCUUACCUCCAUUGCGUCCACUGCCGCACCACUGGAAUAGUCUUGUUGUCCAGCAACAGCGUAACCCUGUUGUCCGUCCUGAAGUGCAGUUACAUCCAGUAGGAUCAGCUGCACCCUCAGCCGGCUUCAUAACCAGGCCUCGGCUCUUUCACCCUCAACAGGUGACGGCAGCCACAACAAAAAAAACCUUGUCUAUUGCAUCUCAUACUAUAACGACGCUUCCACCCGAUUGGUCUCUACGUAGCUGCGUCGUUUGCUCGCGGAGAGCAGAUUUUCGCUGCGCUGGUUGUCAUGGCAACGCAUACUGCAGUACCCUUUGCCAGGCUAGGGAUUGGCCAAACCAUAGUCAACUUUGCCAGCGUAACAGCUGACCUGGCCGAAAUUUUCUCUACGGAAGAGAACGCCCACCGUUUAGUUUUUUCAUCAAAAGUUUCAUGUGUUUUAUCUUUUUAUCUGUUAUUGAUGUUGUUGCUGUGGUUUUUGAAAUGAAAAAAAAAAUUAUUUGG